GCUAUGAAUGCUGAAAUGAACAUGUAUGAUAUACAAAUAAAAGAGUACAAAGCGGAAAUUGAAAAGCUUACUGCAGAACUGAAUGACGUCAAGCGGGCCUAUUUUGAAAAGAAGAGACUCGAACAGAGUAAAAAUAGGAGGCCGGUCAAGGAAACGUUGGUCGCGAAUACGAAUCCAAAGGCCAAUUCCGGGGGACUUGAUGGCGCUGAGAUGACCUUCAAAGCUUCAGGCAUGGCAACGCUCGAGGCCAAUGGCUAUUGGCUCGAAGAAGUGCACAAUUUCAAAUACCUCGGAGCGAAGUUGGUGCCGAAUGGACAGUGUAAGGAUGGCAUUGCCUCUCGAAUCGAUGCAGCUCGUCGAGUUUUCUCAAGCCUUAGAAAGUGCCUAUGA